GUCAGUGGGCCCGGGCUUCCUCUGGAAUUCAGGUGGGAGGGCCCCUCAGCCACAGUCGGUCAGUCCUUCCUGGCAGUCUGCUCUCUCUGCCUUCCAUCCAGCCAAGGGCUCCUGCUGCUCUUGGGUGGUGGGAAAAAGGAUUCUCCAGGGACAAUGAGUCCAAGCCAGCUGGGCUGGGUUUGGGUGGCCCAGAAACCCCGGUCACGCUGUUCGCACAACCUCUCCCGAACACAUUGCUCACACUCAACACAAUCCCUCCCCGGGGAUCGGGGAUCGUCUCGGGCCUCAGGGCCCCUGAGUCUCUAGGACGCUGGAAUGGAUUGGGCCCCACGAGCAGCACACUGGGAAGAAUGACAAAAGGCCACACCCCCUGGGAGCCCUCCCUCCCCUGAGAACCUCCGAGGGGUGUGUGUAGCUUUAAGGGCGGACCGGCAAAAGCGGGGCUUCUGGGAACACUUAGGAAGUAAGUGGGGUGUGGGGUGUGUGCUGCGCUGUGGGGAGAGCACGGCGCAGUGGUUUGCGGAGCUCUAAGGAAGUCCGCAUUGCUCCUCGCCCUGGUGGAGUGGAAAAGUUGUGGCUGUCCUCUAUUGCUUCCUUCUGGCACCCUCUCUAGGGAGGCUCUGAAAGUGGAGAUGGGAUUGCUCUGGAGAAGGUUAAAGGUCCUUUCUCUGGCCUGAUCCUGCGAGUUCUGGAUGGGAAGCCAAGGCCAGUGGAUGGAGGCUGUCACUGUCAUCUCUUGGGAAGGGGCUGAAGGAGUUCUUCCCCCACGGGGUCCCAUGGACUUUGGGCCAGUUACCUUUGGAGGCCCCUCACUCCCUUUCUUUGUGCUACUGAGAAUCUCCCCGAGGUGGCAGUCCCAGGCAGCGAUGCCAGGAUGCCCGUCUCUACAGCUCUCCACCAAGAUGGCAGCCAGGAGCGGCCUCCGAGCCUGAUGUCCACCACUUCCUCAUCCGGCUCCUCCCGUGACAGCCGCAGUGCCAUGGAGGAGCCCACCGGCUCCGGGGCUUCAGCGCAGAACGGGACGGGCUCCCCCUGGGGCCGGCGCGUUCCCAACAGCAACAACAACUCCAGCAGCUGGCUGAACAUGAAGGGACCACUCUCCCCCUUCAAUGGCCGGGCGGGGACAGGUCCCGUCCAUCACAAGCUCAGCUACCUGGGCCGGGUGGUUCGAGAGAUCGUGGAAACAGAGCGCAUGUAUGUGCAGGACCUGCGGAGCAUUGUCGAGGACUACCUCUUGAAGAUCAUUGACACUCCGGGGCUCCUGAAGCCAGAGCAAGUCAGCGCCCUCUUUGGGAACAUAGAGAGCAUAUACGCAUUGAACAGCCAGCUUCUCAGAGACCUGGACAGCUGCAAUAGUGACCCUGUGGCUGUGGCCAGCUGCUUCGUGGAGAGGAGCCAAGAAUUCGAUAUAUACACUCAGUAUUGCAAUAACUACCCCAACUCAGUGGCGGCCCUGACAGAGUGCAUGCAGGACAAGCAGCAAGCCAAGUUCUUCCGAGAGCGCCAGGAGCUGCUGCAGCACUCCCUGCCUCUGGGCUCCUACCUGUUGAAGCCCGUCCAACGCAUCCUCAAGUACCACCUGCUGCUCCAGGAAAUUGCCAAACAUUUUGAUGAAGAGGAGGACGGCUUCGAGGUGGUAGAGGAUGCCAUCGACACCAUGACCUGUGUGGCCUGGUACAUCAACGACAUGAAGAGGAGGCAUGAGCACGCCGUUCGGCUGCAGGAGAUCCAGUCACUGCUCAUUAACUGGAAGGGGCCGGACCUGACCACCUACGGGGAGCUGGUCCUGGAAGCCACCUUCCGCGUGCACCGUGUGCGCAAUGAGAGGACUUUCUUCCUCUUUGACAAGAUUCUGCUCAUCACCAAGAAGCGGGGCGACCACUUUGUCUACAAGGGCCACAUCCCGUGCUCCUCGCUGAUGCUGAUCGAAAGCACCAGAGACUCUCUGUGCUUCACCGUCACCCACUAUAAGCACAGCAAGCAGCAGUACAACGUCCAGGCCAAGACGGCGGAGGAGAAACGGAGCUGGACUCACCACAUCAAGAGGCUCAUCCUGGAGAACCACCAUGCCACCAUACCCCAGAAGGCCAAGGAAGCCAUCUUGGAAAUGGACUCCUAUUACCCCAGCAGGUACCGCUGCAGCCCAGAGCGUCUGAAGAAGGCCUGGUCCUCCCAGGACGAGGUGUCCACCCACGUGCGGCAAGGACGUCGGCAGUCUGAGCCCGGUCACACCCUGUUCGGCAGGGCAACACUUCCCGGCAGGCAGCAAGGAUUGGAGAUGCCAGGCCUUAAGGGCCGUAGAAAGUCGGGUGCGACCCCUGCUUCCCGGCCUGCUUCCUGCGAGGGGCUUGGUGUGGGGCAUAGCUCUUGUACUGCCAUGCUGCCUAUAAACAGAAGUAGAGAGCCGACCAGGCACCUGCUCAGGCAACUGAAUGACAAAGCAGCCAGAGCAGCAGGAAUGAAGCAUGCAGGCAGUGCUGGAGCCCUCUUGGACUUUGGGCAGCCAGCCCUUGCACGGGACCAUCAGCCAGAGGCUGAGGGGGCUGCCAGGGAGGAGCUGGAGGAAGAGGAGGAGAUAGUGGAGGAGGAAGAACAGCAGCAGACCUUCCCAGUCUCCCUGGAAGACCUGGCAGGGCAUGAAGGCAGCGGGAAGGUACCUGGGCCAGAGCUCCCAGGCUCGGAGGAGGAAGAGGAGGAAGAGAGUCUAGCAGUGGCGGAGCAGGUAGCUGACUUUGCCAGCUCCCUGCUGGCCGCCCUCCACUGCUGGCACUAUCGGGCCAACGCUUUACUUUUCUCCCGGGGUGCUAUGGGGAAGAGACACAGGGAGUCUGAAGGCUCUAAAAGUAGCAGAAGGCCCAGCAACCGGUCUCCAACCAGUGCGGAGAAACGUAUGAGCUUCGAGUCUGUUUCUUCCCUGCCAGAGGUUGAGCUAGAUCUCGAGCCUGAGGCUGAGCAGGAGGCCUUUCCUGCCCUGGAAGGUCCCAGCACUGAAGAGAUGCCUUCAGACCCAGAAUUUCCAGAAGUCCUGGAAACACAGCUUCAUGCCCCUAUGGGCGCUGCCAACGUAGUGGACUUCGUAGAGCCUGGGGGCUCUGAAGACCUUAAGGCCCUGAGUAGUGAGGAGGAAGAAGAGGAGGAAAUGGAAGCUGCCCAGGAACCUGAGAGCCUCCUGCCGCCCUCUGUGCUAGACCAGGCCAGCGUCAUCGCUGAGCGGUUUGCCAGUAGCUUCUCUCGGAGGAGCAGCCUGGCAAUGGAGGACGGCAAGUCCAGUGGCCUUGGGACACCGCGGCUUAUCAGCCGGAGCAGCAGCGUGCUCAGCCUGGAGGGCAGUGAGAAGGGCCUGGCCCGAUGGGGCAGCGCGGGGGACUCCCUCAGCAACCCAGCCACCCCAGAAGUCACCGUCGUUGGUACAGACACGGUCACGGACAAUGGCCCUUCUAUCAAUGGGACAGAAUCUCCAAAGGCAGGCUCAGGCUGCCCCGUUGAACCGGACAGAUCUUCCUGCAAGAAAAAGGAAUCGGCAUUGUCCACCCGAGACCGGCAGUUGCUGGACAAAAUUAAGAACUACUAUGAAAACGCCGAGCACCACGAUGCAGGCUUCAGCGUCCGUCGUCGGGAGAGCCUCUCUUACAUCCCGAAAGGGCUGGUGCGCAGCUCCGUGUCCAGGUUCAACAGUCUUCCCAAGCCAGAACCGGAGCCAGCAGCUCCACUUGGGUCCAAGAGGCCGGGGAGCUCUCGGCCAGCAUCAUGGACCUUGUUUGACCUCCCAGGUCCCAGCCGGACAGGCACAGGGGACCUAGCUCCUGUCUCAGAUGCGGAGUUCCGCCCAUCGUCAGAAAUUGUGAAGAUAUGGGAGAGAAUGGAGUCUUUGGAGAGAAGCCCGCGGACGGGGACUGGCCAGAGCCAGGCCAAUGGCUUUGAGCAGCAAGAGCCGCUGUUCAUCUUGGAGGAGCAUGAGCUGGGAGCCAUCACUGAGGAGUCCGCCAUCACCUCUCCGGAUAGCGCUUCCCCUACCGAGCAGCCCAGCCCGGCUCACCUGGCCCGGGAGCUGAAGGAGCUGGUGAAAGAGCUGAGCAGCGGCGUCCAGGGGGAGCUGGUUACCCCGCUGCACCCCCGGAUUGUGCAGCUCUCCCACGUGAUGGACAGCCACGUGAGUGAGCGUGUCAAGAACAAGGUCUACCAGCUGGCCCGCCAGUACAGCCUCCGCAUUAAGAGCAUCAAGGCAGCCAGGCCACCUCUGCUGUGGGAAAAAGCUCCUGACCGGGAUGAGCCGAUUUCCACCGUCUCCGGCCCGCCUGAGGAAACGGGAGAGCUGUCAGGGGGCAAAGCCAGGAGGAAGCCAUCCCUGCUCAGCUAUGAGCAGCUGAUGGCUCAGGAGCAGGGCGCCUCCAAAUCUUCCUCUGCCGCGGAGACCUCUCCUCGCCGGUUCUCCUUCAGCCCUCCUGCUGUCAGCCCAAGAACCACCUCGCCUGGGUCUCGGCCCUCAGCUCGGAGCCCCCUCAGCCCCUUCGACACCGAGACCUUCAACUGGCCUGAUGUCCGAGAGCUCUGCUCCAAGUAUACCUCCCACGACAAGGCUGCCCAGGCCGAGAGCAGCUGGCCCCGUGGCCAGCCGGUCAACCGGAGCCGCUCCUUGCCUGAGAACAUAGUAGAGCCUCCUCUGUCUGGCAGGGUGGGCCGCUGCUGCAGCCUGAAUAACAAGAGGGGCCAGGGAGAUGGGGAGGCCUCCCAGCCUGCGGCUCCUCCCCAGAGCAGGCCGAAUGGAGGUGCAGACCUGCAGGUCACGGCGGACCUCACCCUGGAGAACAACCGGCGGGUGAUUGUCAUGGAGAAGGGUCCUCACCCUAGCUCCACCUCGGGGCUGGAGGAGGGCAGUGGGAAGGAAGCAAGUUCACCAGUGGCUUUGAAGGGACAGGGCCAAGGUUUCCAGGAGCCUGAAGAGCACCAGCCCAAGGAAGAAGGUCCCAGGGACCCGGCAGACACAAACCAGCAGGGUAGAGUGAGAAACCUGAGGGAGAAAUUCCAGGCCUUGAACUCUGUGGGUUGACUGACUCCCGUAGUAGAGAAGAGCCGUGCUGAGGCGGAAAGGGCCUGGCCUGCUCUCCCACAGGCCUGGCUCACCAAGGCUGUUCCUCCAUUCUUCUGGAAGAGUGGUUUAGGGAACACCUGCCACCUGUGCUGGCACCUCCCCUCCCGGGGAGGUCCUGUGAGGACUUUUCCUUAGGUCCAGGCGAGCCACUUACUUUGUCUGUAAAUACUGCUCUGAUAAGAAGCCAAGUAUUUUAUUUAAGCUUACUCUGCCCAAGGAGAGCAAGCACUGCCCUGGCUUCCCGUACUGGCUGGCCAGCGCCUGGCAGAGCUCCCAAGGGAAAGCCUAGGAAGGAGCCUGGGCAGGCUGUGCCCUUUGACUGCCUUGUCUUCGGACCCAGGCAGGACUGAGGCCAAUAAUUUAUUGCUUCCCAUCCUGUGGUGUGUGUGUGAGAGAGAGAGAGAGUGAGUGCGCGUCUCAGAAAGAAUGUAACGGAUUUCGUUCAGGUACCCUUGAAGGCUGUCUUGCUGGUUGUUGCUAAUGUACACACAUUUCAUUAUUUGCCAAUAGUGCAAUAACCGCUGCUGACCAACCAACCUGUGUGUGGCCCUCUUCCUGGGGACCGCUGUGGGGAGUGAUGAGUCAGGGACUUGGGAUGCCCAUUCAGUGUGUAGGCACAGGAAACGAGAGACAUUAGGGUACUCACAGGCCAGGUGGGGCACAGUGUGAGCUGGAACCUUGUUCUCUGCCAUGUCUGCCUCUGUGCACUGCUCUUAGUGUCCUGUCUCAGGUGGGAAUCCCAUGUGAGCCUUUAGCUCUUUUCCCAAAGCCAAAAAGUUGUUCCAAAAGCCGGGCGGUGGUGGGACACAGGCCUUUAACCCCAGUGCUAGGGAGGCAGAGGCAGGUGGAUCUCUGUGAGUUCAAGGUUGUCUGGGACAGCCAGGGCUACACAAAGAAACUGUCUCAAAAAAUAAAAAUAAAGGUGUUCUAAAAAGCUGGAACUUCCAGGGGCAAAUAGAGCAUGUGAGAUAAGCAA